CUGUCUCUGUAAACAGAAAACACGUUUAACGGACCACUGGUUGCUUAAUAUCUGUUUAUUCAGAUAUUUUUUAUUUAUAAAGUUAGCCAACAACAACCCUUGAUAAAAAAGUUUCUAUGGAUUCUUACAGCAGUUUCUACAAUGCUAGUUGAGUAGGCUGUAAAAUAAGUAUCUGUACAUUCUCCAGAUAUGUGCAUCUUUUUGUAUUUAUUCUUUCCGAAAUUAUUUUUAUUAGUUAUUUUUUAAGGGAAAAUGCUUGUAUGUAUGGAAGCAGGGAAACUUUGUCCUACAUCCAGCUGGUUUCAUAUUCUGAAUUUGUAAUAUUUUGAACUCGCUGUCCCAGAUGUGUUGUCUUACGGAGAAAAAAAGAGUUGUUUAUUGUAUUUUUGUUCAAUAAAAGUAAAAAACCAUUUUAAAAAAAAAAUGGAAACUUUGUUGCCUGUUCAUCAGACUGUGGCGCUCUUGCAGUAGUAUUCAUGUGGCGGAAAAGGCUGACAGGGAUUCCUGGGAGGUCUCCAGGCAACAAGAACCUGACGCAACCUCCCCGCCCCUCCUCCUCCUCAUCCUCCUCCUCCUCCUCCUCCACCUCCACCAGUUGCAGCCUUCUGCUCAAAACAAGCAGACCGUGGAGCAGCACGGGAAGAUGAGACUGUGGUCCAAGAGCUGGAGAGAUUGAAGUCUGGGAAACAACUUCCAAGCAGAUUGAUGAUGGACGACCUCUCACCUCCUCACAUCACUGUGGUGGUCUCUGAAAGUGCUGAAUGUGAAGAGGAGGAAAUGUCAAAAGAUGACCAUCUCAUGACCCUGAAGGCCUUGACAGAGAAACUCAGACUGGAGACCAGGAGGCCUUCUUAUCUGGAGUGGAAAGCAAGGCUGGAGGCAGAGGGCUUCAGAAAGACGGGGACUGGAAAAGGCCAGAUUCGACGGGAGGCCGACGGGAACCUAGCGGCACCUAAGGAGGGCGCGGUGAUCUCUGACGUGUCUCAGCGGCGAAAGCUGUCGUCUGGUGUGCUGAAAGGAUUCGGGAACAUUGACGACGCUCUCAGUUGGCUCAGGAAGGAACUGACUGACAUGCGCUUGCAGGACCAGCAGCUGGCGAGGCAGCUCAUGCGGCUCCGGAGCGACAUCAACAAGCUGAAGAUCGAGCAGACGUGUCACCUGCACCGGAGGAUGCUCAACGACGCCACCUUUGGCCUGGAGGAGCGCGACGAGCUGUCGGACCUGCUGUGCGAGUGUCCAGUGACCCCGGGCCUCGGCCUCUCGGCCCCGCUGAGACUCAUCGGCGUCACAAAGAUGAACAUUCACUCUCGCCGCUUCUCGCUCUGCUAGUGGCUCUCGGGUCUCGAUAGUGUGACACUCACUCACUUCGCGUUGUUGUGAGGCCAGUGUCGUUAGCCAGUUAUAAUCCUUGACUUCAUUAAGUACAAAUGGGUUGAUGCCUCUGCCGGUUUACAGCAACCUCUCGUUUUAGACCUUUAGACCAGGACUAUUCCACUUCCCACACCUCAAAGUGUGUAAAAAACGUACACAGUAUUAGCUGUAACUAUUUUAAAUAAAAAAAUUAACAUCUCAGGUGCAUAAAGUGCAUGAAAUCAAAAAGGUGCAUUUGUUUCUCUUUGGAAAAAAAAGAGAAAAAUACAUCAUAUUCCACCCACAAACAUCUCAAAGUGUCUUUAACAGAAUACAAAAGAACCAACACUGCUAUCAAACCUAUCAGACUACUGUAGGAAUUGAUGUAGGACCUUUUGAAGGACAGUGAAUAGUGUUUCUCUACUUAUUUCUUCAGUCAUUU